CAUUCCUCAAAAGUUCAACACGCCAUUUUAACUAUGUGUUUUGAAAAGUUAACUAUGGCCUUGAAGAUAGUUAACUUUAACUAGAUUUUAACUACAGUUAACGCUUUCGAAAUUUCUAAGCGUUUAGUUCUUCUUAGCUUAUAAUUGGAGGCCUGGAUCAUAACCUAUAAGAAAGGCUUCCGCCUUCAGUGUCUGCCAUCUUGGCUCCAAACUUCCGACAGAGUGAGCAUUCCAGUCUUAUUUGAGUUCACUCUGAUUCUGAUAGCAGCAUUUAUGUUUAUGUUUCUCGCUGGUUUAAGGCAUUAUAAAUCGGAAGAGUUUGCAUGGAGCAGAAAAUGAGAGUUUUCAGGGGGAAAUUUUCUGAAUGCAAGAUUUUUUCGGUGGAAUCAAGUUCAAAUUACUUUGCGAUUUCAUCGGAAUAGAAAUAUUUCCAAAUGAAAUUUAAAGACGAUUCUGUUGCGCAUGUGGUCAGCAGUUGUCAGCAGUACUAAUUGGCAAAACUUGGCAUAAUUAUAUUAGUUCAUUCAAAAUAUAGCAUAAUUAGCAUAAUCAAGUUUAUUUUGACAACACUAUUCAAAGGUUGACCACUAUUGACACUCUAUAUUCCGCAGACUUCCGCUCUGCAUAUCGCGUCUUGUUUUCCUUUCGUGAACACUUACAUUGGCAUUAAUUGACUGUUCGACUAUAUAUAUCUACUAAACGAACUAACAUUAUGGCAAGUUCACCAAGUCCAAAACCUAAGGAUUUACCAAAUCUGACUUUUGGGGCAAAAAGCAGCAAGUAUUUCCCUUGGAUUACUCGAAGUGGUCAAAAACUUCACGUUUCUACACCAAAACAGCUGCAACGUUCAAUGUCUGAUUCUUACAAAUUUCUCAACUUCAUGACUAUCCUCGGACCCGCUAGACAGGGUAAAUCAUUCCUCAUGAAUUGUCUCAUCGGUGACAGCGUGUUUCCUUCGGCGGACACAAUGGGUGUGUGUACAAAGGGGAUUCAAGUAUCAAACGUUGGGUAUGAAGUCGGUAACGCUGGCUUUGCUUUCAUUGUGGACACGGAAGGACAGGGAGAUGAAGGCAUCGAGAGCGACGCCACACUUCUGACACCAAUUAUUCUCUUGUCAAAAGUAAUCCUCUUCAAUUGGAAAGGUGGUCUCCAGAAAAACCAAAUCCUAAAUGAGCUCGCUCUUCUAGUCGAGGUCGCGAACUGUGUUUCGUCCAACAGUUUCGAAGAGGACAAAUCGAAAUUUGGCCAUCUGCAUAUUGUACUACGAGAUUUUCAUUUUGAAGGAACGGUUGAGGAAGCUUUUGCCAUGAUUUUUGAUAAUGAAAAUAAACGUGGGGAACAAGUUAAAGAGCGCAACAAGAUACGUGAGAAGCUGCUCUCCUCGUUCGAAAGCAUUGAUGUCUGUAUCCUUCCAACACCUCGCGAAGACGUGCGUGAGCUUGAUCUUCAUUCUACAUCUGAAGAGUUCAAACAAGGCAUCGAAGAGCUCAAAUAUAUUUUACUAGCUCAGAUGGACAUGCCACGUAGCUUUGGAACUGUCGAUGUCAAUUUCAACAAUGUCAACGCCUUUGUCAAAUCUUUUGCGGAAAAACUGGAAGACGGUGACAUUGUGCAUGUCAAGUCGGUGGUUAGCCAGCUUCAACGAGGCACGGUCGACGAAGCAAAACGGUUUUUCGAGGAAAGUCUUAUAGAGGCGUACAAGAAAAUCGAUGUUCCAGUGAAAAAUGGAUUGGAGAAUGUGUUAGUCAAGGAAAGAGACGCUCUUUUAGACGCGUUCAAAAAAAUUACAGCACAAGUCGAUCUCGAGGACGUAUACAGGAACGACGUACUGGAAAGGUUGGAAGAUUUUGCAGAUCGUGAAAUAGAUGCAAAGAGAAAGGAAAACCAGCUUGCCACACAGUCCAGAAAGGCCGCACAAAGCGCAAUUCUCGCGACAGCCGAAAAGACGUUCAGAUCAAUGGUGGAAAACGAGUUAAGCAAGGCUGAAGAAGGCGCCAUGCAGAUAGAACAACGAUUUCCGAAAUAUUUGCAAGGAUUGGGCGAUUCCUUUUUGGAAAAGACAGGAGGGCUCGAUUGGAUACAAAAUCGAUCAGAAAAGUUUGAAGAUUUGAAAACAUGGGCUUUCAAGAGAAUGAAGGAAAAAGUUGAAGCAAAGAAGAACGCCGAAAGAUCGGAGCAGCAAGUUUGCUUGGCAAAAGCCGCCGAGGAUUUCAGAUCGGAAGUCGAGAAUGAGCUGCGGAGGGAUCAAGGAGCCUCGGGCCUUCGGGAAACCUUUCGAAAGAAAAAGGCAAACCUUGUCAGCAUUUUCCAAAACAGUACCAACGACUUGCAUCUAAUUUCCAAGCUUCAGGAAACAGAGUUAAAAAAGUUAAACAGCUGGGCCGAAAAGAAGUUUGAAGAAAAAGUUCAAGCAGUGGAAAAAGAGAAACAUGAGCGAAUGAAAUUAGUUAUAGAACGCCAGCUACAGGCGAUGCAGCAACAAUCAUCGUAUGACAGCCAAGGUUCAAGCCCAUAUACCAGCUAUUCGACCCCACAAGCAUCCUCAUCGCCUUACAGUUCUCAAACACCGCCAUCAAAUUCGAGUUUAAAGUUCUAUGCAGGUGGUCAGUUCACACCCGGGGGAGGCCGGUCCCCUCGCGGUGGCUGCUACAUGUCAGGAUCCAGCUCCAGGUCGUCACCUUCCAGCUCCAGGUCGUCAGCUUCCAGCUCCAGGUCGUCAGCUUCCAGCUCCAGGUCGUCAUCCAGUGGUGGCGGUACUUUCUAUAAGGGAGGUCAAUUCACCCCAGGCGGUGGACGAGCACCUAAAGGAGGUUGCUGGAAAUAGAAUGUCGCUUUCUACCAGGACCAGUGCACAUGAACUCUCUAUCGUGUCUGUGGUAAAAACUAUGAAUGCCGAACAUAGCGGCUGUUUUUUAAAGCUCAGUAUCGUAGCAGUUUUAGUAAAAUCGUUUUGUUAUUUAGUAAUAUUUAAGGUGCAUGAACUUACUUAUACGAACGUGUAUAUAUGAAUAUACACUCACCCCCUCCUUGUUAAAUGGUCCCAAUUAAGCUCCCUGGCGAUAGUCCUGACACUAGCUUUGCUAAUCGUGGCGAAUUUGUGUUUCAGAUAUAAGAUCAUAAAAUUCACUAGCAUUAUUUUUUAGCAUUUUUUUCGUGUUUAUUUUAAUUAACGCGUUGCACAAAACGUAGUUUGUCCGAGCUUGACAAAUCAUGCGGUUAACUUGCGUGGGGUUGUUAGGCCCAGUUAUACGCCUCGCAUUUUAGUUGCGUUGAAUGCAAUUCAAACAAUAGAUAAUUAGAUGUUAACGAAGUUCAAAUCUUAUUUAUAUCUAUUGCAUUCGAUGUGACCAAAAUUCGACGUAAAAACUGGGCCUUAAACAUUGAAAUAGCAUGAUUUUAUAAUGUUUUCUCACUCCUCAAAAGUUCAACACGCCAUUUUAACUAUGUUUUGAAAAGUUAACUAUGCCCUUGAGGAUAGUUAACUUUAA